AUGCGCCAGAACCGCCCUGGAGCAUCCACGGGCGUGCGAGUGGCCGUGCGAAUCCGACCCCUGGUGGCACGGGAGGCGGGCCAGCGGCAGGGCGUGCGCUCCAAUGGCAAUGGCGUGACUUUGUUGGGCCUCGACCGACAGGUGAUGCCGCCGUCCAGGGCGCUUUUGGGGCGGCAAAUUCGGAGUUAUGAGCCCAAAGAGGCGCUCUGCUGCGUAGCCAUGUCAUUGCUGCAGCGUCGACGUGGAGGGAUGAGUGGUGAGUCAGCCGAUGAAGCCUUGGACCGCAUGAUCGCCCAGACUCAAGAGGAGGGAGAGAGAAGAAGAGCUCUGUCUGCUCCUAGGAGGAUGGAAGGUGGUGUGCGGAGGUUGGAACUUCAGGCUGGAACAGAGGGAGAUGGACGAGCUCAAGGUCGAGAAGGUGAGGUGGCGAGGCCUGCUGGUUUGCCACAAGCUUUAGGGCCUGAAGCUCCUCCGGUGGCAGCUCAGCAGGGAUUGCCUGGUGGUGGGAGAUCGACAAUGGUGGUAGGACCGCUUCUUCGGGGUGUGGCGCAAGAUGUGGCUGGUGCGGUGGGUAACCAACUGCAAGCUUUGGGGACACUUUUUCCUGGAGCUCAAGUCCGUUCUUGUGUACCUCAAGGUGGUCCUCCUGGUGUCCUUCCUCUACAAGGUCUUCAUGCUGAACUACAUCAACGCAGUGGUCAGGGAAUCAAUGACCAAGGUGGUGGCUGUCCGAGUGGAGGGCAUGUGGGCGGUGCUAUGUUGGGACCUUUGGCUGAGCCUUUGCCGCCGUUGGUAGCUUUUCAGCUGCCGCAGCAGCAACAGAUGGGAUCAGCCGCGAGUCCACACCCACCAGUGUUUCAUCCUUCAGGUAGCCAACCAGCUCAGGGAUUAGGAGUGAUGGUGACUCCAGUCCGAGCAUUGGCAGGAGGGGGGAACCCAGCUCCUGUUGGAACAGAUCCAUCGGGAGGGACUCAGAUGAUGAUGGACCCAGCUGCGAUGGCAGUUGAGGAGAUCAGAAAGCGGGUGAUGCGGGAGGCAGAGGAAGCUUUCGCCAAGGAGGUGAGAAGGCUUCAAGGUCAGACCGAGGAAACCCAAUCGUACCAGUCAGCAUCCAGUGGAGCUGGACAGGGACAGGCCGUGGUUGGCCAGGCCUUGGGAACUUCCCAGCCGUUGGGAGGAGUCGGUGGAAUGCCGUCUCCACCUCCAGGGUUUGAUCCGGGAUUCCAAGGAAGGAAUCAAGCUGGGCUAGCUCAGCCGGGACCAUCUCUGACUGAGGCUUUGAGGGCCCUGGAGCUACCAAAGCUUCCCACACCGGGAAGUGAAGGUGCGUCCAUCCAGUUCGGGGAUUGGAUGACUGUGGUGCAUCCACUGAUGAGUGAUCUUUCUGGAAGUGCUGGAGAAUGGUGGAGUCUGACAGUGAAAACUGUGGAACACCACUAUCAGCAGUGGCUGGUUGCCACGCCGCUGGAGAAGCUGCGCAUGAAACCAGGAUCACCAGUGAUCGGUGAAGGCUACGCAAGACUGGAACAGCGGUCAGUAUCCAUGUUGCUAGCUGCUUUGCCAGAAGGUUUGCGACAGGACGUCAUAGCAUCGCGGCGUCUCUCGACGGUCGGGAUUCUGUUCCGAUUGUUUACCACCUUUCAACCUGGUGGUUCGGGUGAAAGGACAGGAUUGAUCAAGUCCAUCAGCGAGGCCAAGGUGCCAGCAGGUUUGGUGGAACUGCUGGGGUCCGUUCGGCAAUGGCGCCGAUCAGUGGGAAGGUCGGAGGAGCUGAGUGUAACAGUGGAUCCUCUGGUUCUGACAGGUGUGUUGUCGAAGUUCGCUGACGGAGCUUCAAGAUUGGGUGGAAGUCAGGUGGCGUUCCGCUUGGCGACCAUGCGCCAACAGCUGGACGUAGAUAGAGCUCCAAGCCUUGGUUCGGUCAAGGAAUGGGCCGAGUACAUCCAAGCUGAGCUGGAAGAGUUGGCUAAUGCGCAGACUGCUGGGAAGGCGACGCCGUCGAAUCCGCCAGCGUUGGCUCCGGUGCUGACGCAGGGGAAUCCGGCUGUCAAGGCCUUCACGGGGGAAGGGCAGAAGCCAUGGGAGAGGCCAGAAGGUGAGAAAGCGCCGUGUCGUUUCUGGGGCACUGACGAAGGGUGUCGCAGGGGUGAGAAGUGCGGUUUCGCACACGCCUGGGGAACGUUGGAGAAAUCCUCAAGGUGCUUGCUUUGCUCAUCAACAGGCCACCGUAAAAGGGAUUGUCCCACAGCCAAGCCUAAAGAUGGAAAUGGCUGGACACAGAAAGGUGACCGGAGGGUUGCUAAGGUCCUCAAUAAGAAAGGGGAGAGGAGCACUGAGAAGGAGAGCCAAAAAGAGUCAACAGUAGUGAAGGAGGCAGCGGAGGAAAAUCCGCAACCGGAAAAAAGAUCUGAGGGUUCCCAGCCCAAGCAGGAAGGUGACUUGGUGCAGAACCUCAACGGUCUGGUUAAGUCCAUGACGUCGAUCAAAUCGGUCUUCAUCAAGACGGUGAAAAUUGACGAGGAGUGCGGAGGAGAGUACGCCUUGCUAGAUGGGGGGGCGACUCACGCCUUGCGACAGGCGAAGAGCUCCGAAGUUCCGCAUCUUUGGCCAGUCCAAGUUGAAAUGGCGAUGGGAAGUGUCACGCUCUAUCGGUGCGCAGCGCACAAUACGCUGUUGGCACUGGAUAACGUGGAACCCAUAAUUCCAUUGCGUCUGCUAGUAGAUCACGGAUUCAAGAUCGACUGGCAGAAGGUGGAUGGAGAUACCGCCUUGUGGUUGAAAACUCUUGGUCUCUAUGAGAAAUCUCAAGAGGGAAUGGUUGCGAAUGGCAUUCUGGGUCAGUGUGGUCUUCUGGUGGAAAGUCCCCAAGAUCCAUGCGAGUAUGUGGAAGAUGGGAAAGAGUAUCCGUCCUUCUGGGAAUGGGAGGAAACAGAAGAUUUCUUGAAACGAAACCCAGACAUGUUCAAGGAACUUGAUGGGAUUACCUCGAAGGAAUCUGGAGAGAGUGUGUGCAUGGAUCUCCGGGAGCGGCUGAAGCAGACGGCUUCUUGGUCUGCAUGGGCUCCAGGUCUGAUGGCUGCUCUCAAGAUUGUGAUACCCAAAUUUCUGGCGAGCCAGGCUCAGCAACCGAUGCUGAGCAAGUUGGACUUAGCGGGAUGGAAGAAGCAUCUGCAGGCACAACACGUGCCAUACCGGCGGGACUGUAAGGUCUGCUUGGAAACCAUGGGCUCGGCUGAGCCACAUCGCCGAAAGAGGGGUCAAGAAUCCGCCUUUGUGAUGUCUGUAGACAUCUGUGGUCCGUUCAAAAAGGGCACCGACCUUGGUGUCUCCAAACGCAGAAAGGUAAAGUAUGCCUUGCUGGCGACUAUCCCUGUGCCUCAGUGGCCAAGUCCGGGGGAGAAGGAGGAUUCCACGGAGGCGGUGGAACCUCAAAAGGAAGAAGUUGUUCCCGAAGCUGAGGAAGUGGAAGCCUCUGGGGAGCUUCUCUUGGAUCCAGAGCCGAGGGAUCUGAUCCCAGAGGAAGAAGCCCGGAAGAGAAACCAGGCUUGGGAAGAGUUCGUCAAAAAGGAAGUCAAGGAGAUAUCCAAGGAUGUUCCAGUGGUGAACAUCACCUUCAUGGAGCCGCUUGCGUCUCGUCACCAGAAUGAAAUUACAAAGGCACUGUCCAAAGUGCAUGCCCGGGCGAAGAGCCUUGGCAUACCCAUUUACCGUGUGCACUCUGAUCGGGAGCGAUCUUUCACAACCAAUCACGUGGCCAAGUGGUGCGAAAUGCGCCAGGUCCAUCAAACUUUCAAUGCAGGCGACGAGCCUGAAGCCAAUGGACGAAUUGAAGGGGAAAUCAACCAAUUCAAGCGUCGACUUCGCCUUUUGUUGGCAGAAACGGGAGUGAGUCAUGACUACUGGCCAUGCGCGGCCCGACACGGAGUCGAGGAACGAUUGCGUGCCCAAAUGAGAAAGUUGGGGGCCAAGUGUAAGGAGAUGCCACGCUUUGCUGUGUUGGCUCAGGUUAAGGCCAAACUGUGGCAUCGUCGUAAAGAAGGGGCGUUGUCAUCCCCUUACAAGACGCUUCGAAUUAUGGGCCCUUCACCCCAGAUGACCAACGGUUGGGUUGCUCUUGAUGAAGAAGCCAACCUUGUGCAGCACGCACGGUCCGUGUUCAUUCCUGAUCCUCUUGGAGAAACAGCUCGUUUGGAGCUGGAAACGGUCGAUGAUCCCAAGGAUCCUCCCAAAAGACGUCUCAACGGGAAGCAGCCACUGGUUGUGGAGGUUUCCAAGAUCCCUUUACCACCUCCUAGGGAGGACCGUGAACUUGAGUCAUUGUUGGCUGUGGCCGACGCUGAAGAAGAAGAUGGGUAUGAGCCCUCUAUCUUGUCUGACUCUGAGUUGGUUCCACCUGAGGCAGAAUUGGGAUUGCCAGCUCUCAUGGCCUUACGAGCUGGGGGGGAGUCUCUUGUGGAUGGAACUCAACUUGAAGGUUGGGGGGAGAUCGAAAAGACGGAAGUAGAGGAUUAUGUGAAUGAGCUCCGCUACCAGCACUGGAAUCUGAGAAAACUUCUGCAGGAACAGGUGAAUGCAGUCGCUGGAACAGAAGAAGAAGGUGCGGCACAAGGACAAGUCGUGCAACACGUGAGUACCCAAGUGAGAUGGCUGGAAAGUGAAUUAAAGCAUUAUUCCCAGAUCGAAGAAGAAGGUGCCAAGGUGGAGGCAUUGGAAGCUGAAGAGUGUGAGAGACAUGCCCGAAUCGCAGCUUUGUCGACGGAUGGCCAACCAGGGGAUGAGAACCAAGGUGUGAGCAGGCCCCCGACGGUCUUGCAAACCUACACAAUCCCUUUGACGAUGGUAAAGCGGGAUAUGGAAUCCUGGAUUGAACCAAUUAAGGCCGCAUCAGUGCCAGCUGCGGACCUGUAUGCGGGAGGCGCCGACGCGACUGCCAUCCGAUGCAUGGUUCGAAAGACGGCCCUGAUGGAAGGUUGGGAUAUGGGAGUGGUGGAUAUCAAAGGGGCAUUUCUUUUAGCUCCCCGAAGACGGGAGCGGGAGUGUCUGAUGAUGACCAUCCCACCCAAGCUGUUGGUCCAAGCUGGGAUUUGCCCACCCGACGAGCGAUGGGUGAUCCAAAGGGCAAUGUACGGGCUAGAAACCAGUCCAGCUGACUGGAGUGACUUCCGGGACAGGAGUGUCAAAAGGUUCCAGUGGAGCCACAACAACCGGUUGUACUGGAUGAGACAGACCACGGAAAUGAAUGUCUGGCAGAUUCUGUCGAGGGAUGGAUCAACUAGAGAUGGGGACGAGGAAUGCGUGGAAGGUUUUUGCACCUUCUAUGUCGAUGAUGUUCUGGUCUGUGGACCAACUGAAGUAAUCAAGGGAUGUCUGAACCGAAUAAACCAGGAGUGGAACUGCUCCGAAGCGGAGUAUCUCUCAGAAAAGGGAAUGCUGAGAUUCUGUGGAAUGGAGUUGUUUGCAGGGCUCUACGACAUGGCUGAGCCGGAGGACCUGGAGACCUUGAAGAAGAUUGGUGCACAGGUUUUCAACUCCGGUGUGACUGUUGCCGGGUUCAGGAACUACUGCCCUUCGGGCUGCCCCAGCGUCCGGGCGCUCCGUGCUGAAGCCAUGGCGACCAGCGUUGCUGAUGCUGGUGGCGAGGGUGGAGAUGGUCCUGGUGAUGGUGGAGAUGAUCGUAAGCCGUGGCCGAAGAGCUCCAUGUACGACGACAUCUACACCGGGGAGAAGAAGAAAAGGAAGAGAAAGAAGAAAGGCAAGGCCGCGAAGGCUGAUCAAGGUGAAGGGAAGGGUCCAAGUGCAGAGGCCUGUGAUGAAGAAGAGAAGGAAGAUGAGUGGCCGAGCUGGGAAAACAGAAAGCUUGAGGAGUCCGAGGAAACAGUCGCAGGGGAGCCAGGGCCUGUGACGUUGAUGCAGGCUACUCCGAAGACAGCGACGAGUGCUGCUCCACUACCAGCUCCUCUACCUCCUCAAGACAACGAACCUACUGGCGAAGAGGUUCCGACUGCGACGGGCAGUCAGCCAGCCUCUUCUCAGGGGCCUGAGAACCCAGAUGGAACCACUUACACUGUCCGUGGUCAUGGUCGCCGCGACAUUGAGUCAGGCUUCUUUUGGGGAGGCGAAAAGAUCGUGGUAUCCUUCGUGAAUGCGGAUGGUGACCUGGAAAUUCGCAGAGGUGACGGUCUGAUCGAGAUCCAUCCCCUUGCUGAGCCAGAAGGAAAAGGGAAAGGAAAGAACGGGCCAGAGGUCAUCAGCUCUGGUGAAGAGAAUGAAGAAGCGAACAGCGACCCAACUGGUCCCAAAGGAAAAGGAAAACCCGUUCCCGAACCUCUGCUACCACCGAGGCGAGGCAGCGUGGGCUCUUCAACUGCCAGUGGCGAUGGCCUUGGAUCUUCAACCGACCGACCAGUUCCUAGUGGAGAUCGCCGGCAGUCUUUGGGAAAAGGAAAAGGCCAAGGGAAGACUCCGGGCGCCGCAGAGGAUGACGAUGAUGAUGCCUGGGGAAACUGGACUUCUCAGGGUUUGCAUGGAGCUGGAGAACCGGAAGGCGAGCCUCCAGCUGAAGACCAUCCACCUGAUGAGGAAGAAAAUGAGGACUAUGACAUCCAUGCGAGAAAGGACCUGGAUGAUGGCUCGGGAACCAAGCGUCCUCCGCCUGAUGGUGGGUCCUACAGCAUGAAGGCUAUGCGAGUCACUGUGGAUGCGGCCACGGCACCGUGGGAACUACCUGAGUUCUCGACGCCUCCGCCGACUGGGAAGAAGGACAGAUGGGAAAGUUCCUGGAUCCAACGUGGAUGGCUUGUUAGAGUCCACAGGGAUCCAAGGAAACGCACUUUCCAGCCCAUCCACCGUGCCUCUCCGGUUGCAGGUGGAGAUCUUCUUCCUCUACGUGUGACUGUGGGCUUCGAGGAGGACACCAACCGCCGCUUUGUCAAGACGGACCGCUGGGAUGUGGAGCCAGCGAACCCCGCUACUUCAAGGUGGACUGGGUGGACCUUCUUCCGCCUCAAGAAUGAAACUGGGACCGUGCAUGAUCGCACUGUGUCUCGGAGCUCUGGUGAUGAUGCUCGUGGAGAAGGGCAUCGUUUUCACCUACCUGAACGUGACGGAGCUGGAGGACCGCAUGAUCGUGGUGAGCUUCAGCCUGCAGUUUUGAGGUUGCCUGAUGGAGCCGAAGGGCAUCUUGGGCUUCUUCCUGACCUACUUGGUGGGGAAGAGAACCGUGUUGAUGUGAGCCGGGCGGCUACGGCGAAGUCCUACGCUCCGCUCCCAACACCAAGAGCACCUGCGGUGAGGCCAAAAGCACAGACUUCAGCUGGUCGACGAGCUCAACCGGUUUUGGCUGACCUUCAGCGUCGAGAUGGCCUACCUCCUGCCGAAGAGGAACUGAGCGAUGACGGCAGCUGGAGUGAGGUCUCUGGGGAGACCUGGUGA